AUGACUUCUUCAACACCAUUGACAAAGCGAGCCCUCUCGGAGCAAGAACACCCGGAAGAUGAACCAUUAAGCUCGCCCACAAAGAGGCGUCGGUUUUACUUCGCUGAUAAAGUUGUUACACCUAUCACGCCCGAAAGUCCUAGAGACCUCAUACCCCGAACAAUCCCCGCAGCAGAGUUAUCGGCCGAACGCGCCUUCAGCUUAAGAAGUGCAUCCGAGGAUGAUAAUUUUACAAUAGAAUGCGACUGUCCACCUCUACGCGGCCGAUCCGACUAUCGUGUCUGGCGCCGCGAAAUGAAGAUUGUUCUGAGUGAGAACCUGGUUUGGGAUUUAGUUGAUGGCAAAAUCGGUCAACGUCCUCGAUCACAUUACUUGGGAAACCAAUUAGACAGUCUGAACGAGGUGGCAAGGAAGAUCAUUAACAAAAAUCUAUCCCCUACUACCAAGCCAAUGGUUCGCAACAUUCGAAACGCACAGAAGAUGUGGGAGAAGUUGGAAAAACAUUGCAAACCUACUGAUUGGAAUUUGGUGCGAACUGGCUGGGUUGAAUUGCAGAAUACCAAAUACAGCCAAUGUUAUGAUGUCUGGGAGUAUGUAUAUAAGGUGGAUGAUGCAUGGAGAUGCAUAUGUCUUGACCAGGAGGAUAAUCUUGAGAAACACGAACUCGCCCGUUGUGCUAGUCUUGUGUCCUCUUUGGAUACACCUAAGUGGGAAACUUGGAAGAUGGGUUUCCUCUCUGGUCGAAAUAAACCAACCUGGUCAAGCCUGGUGGAGAGCCUGACGUCGGCUGAGGACAAGGGCAUUGUGUCUGAUUUGAUUGGCAUUGCACUUUGA